AUGCUUGAACAUUGUAUUAUUGAAAAAACAAAAUUUCGAAUUAAAUUAAAAGAAAAACAAAAAGGGGGGUCAACAACACCUUUUUGGAUACGUGAAAAAACAUGUAAUCGAACUGUUGGUUUAUUGCCAUUUACUAACUCCAAUCUUUAUUUAUUAAUUUUUGAUGGUGAAUGUUAUAAUAAAGGAAAAUCAUUUUCUUCUUCAAUUCCUUUAUUUAAUUCAAAUAUUCGAGGCAAGGAAAAUUUAAAAAAAAAUAAAUUCUUUUAUUUUUUAAAGUUCCUUCCUGUAAUUUAUCUUUAGAAUUACUAUCUUUAAAAAGAAAACAAAGAAAAGAUUUAGACUAUACUCUCUCACAUCCAAAGGAAUUUAAUCCAAUUUGUACAAGUGGGGGUAAUUCAAAUAUUUUUAAGAAAAAACGAAAAUAUUUAUUUGUGAUGGUGCUUAAUAUAAUUAUUGUAUUAAUUGCCUUUUCAUUAAUUA